CUGCCUCUAUAUAUGGUGGAAAGAGGGAGGUGUGGACGGCAGCGGAGCGGAGGAGGUGCAGAGCUCCAGGAGUGAAGGACGCCACCAUCGUAUGCUCUGUUCUUCUGAUUGACAGGCCCGAUUAAGAGCCGGGCAACAUAGUAGGAGCAGCCAUGUCUCAUGGAUGGGGAUACGGAGCAACUAACGGACCUGACUUCUGGGCAGACAAUUUCCCUAUAGCUAAUGGGCCCAGACAGUCUCCCAUUAACAUUGUCCCAAAGGAGACCCAAUAUGACCCCUCCCUGAAGGCUCUAAAACUCAGAUAUGAUCCCUCCAAUGCCAAGGGCAUUCUCAACAAUGGACACUCCUUCCAGGUGGACUUUGUGGAUGACACAGACAGCUCCACCCUCACUGGAGGUCCUGUUUCUGGAACCUACCGUCUGAGGCAGUUUCAUUUCCACUGGGGAGGCAGUGAUGACAGAGGCUCCGAGCAUACUGUCAACGGCAUCAAGUUCCCCUGUGAGCUUCACUUGGUGCACUGGAACACUAAGUAUCCCAGCUUUGGAGAGGCAGCUGACAAGCCUGAUGGACUUGCUGUGGUUGGGGUUUUUCUAAAGAUUGGUGCUGCCAACCCCCGACUUCAGAAAGUUCUGGAUGCUUUGGAUGUUAUUAAGAAUAAGGGAAAGCAGACAACCUUUGCUAACUUUGAUGCAAAGACUCUUCUUCCUGGUUCUCUGGAUUAUUGGACCUAUGAUGGCUCUUUGACGACUCCACCCCUCUUGGAGAGUGUCACCUGGAUUGUGCUCAAGGAGCCAAUCAGUGUCAGCCCUGCACAAAUGGCCAAGUUCCGCAACCUUCUCUUCACUGGAGAAGGAGAGGCUCCAUGCUGCAUGGUGGACAACUAUCGGCCCCCUCAGCCUCUCAAGGGCCGUCAGGUCCGCGCCUCCUUCAAAUAAACACUGCUUCACCAUCAUAUCAUCCUAUCAUGCUAUCAAUCUUUUGGUAAAAAUUCUGUCCCAUUACUAAGAAUGAGAAAGGAAUCCUAAUUUUAUCAGUAACAUGCUAAAUACAUAUGCUGUUUUCUUUAGCCUUUCUGUAAUUGGAAAUAUAUUCUUCCUGAUAGUGUUAAUUGAUGUGUACCAAGUUAGUCUGCUUUAUCAUGCACAAAAUCUUUUCAAUAUGGAGUCUUAAUUUUGAACCUUGGAGUUCAUAGAAUUUUAUAUUCUAGAAAUAAAUGCUACAUUUGUAUUACUAUUCAAAUUCCAUAUUUUAGUGAGCAUUGUACUCAUUGAAAACACUUGCAGACAUCUUAGACAACUGUCUAAUAUGGCAUCAUUUCUGCUUUAUACAAUUCAGAAACACACCUCGCCCAUCUUAAUUUGAUACAGAGCCUGUUUAUUGGCUAAAGACAUCUUCAUCUUUUUAAAAACAUAAUUUUUAAAACUUUGCCUUGUUUAAAAAUGAAAGCCUUUUUCAACUUUUUGAAACCUUUUCUAUGCAUUUGAUUGUGUUUUGAGUUGUGCUACAGCUUCCAAGAUUGUCAAAGCUAAUGUUUUUAUUCAAUGCCUUAAUUUUUACUUUGAGAUAAAGUGGUCAGUCCAGCAAUGACAGACAAUGUGGAUACAGCAUUUUUCAGAGGUGAUAGGCCCCACUACAGACUAUAGAGCACUGGGAGCCACCAGCCAUCAAGUAGCACUUUUAUGCAAGCAGAUUUAACUUUAAUCACCACAAUGCUAUGGAAUGCUACAAUUCUCCCUAUGUUUUCGUCCAACCAGAGGCCAUGUCAAUGCAAAUUCGUGUAAUCAGAACAUAAAUUAUUUUUCUUUUUGUUGGGCUUUCAUCCAUCUUAGAUAAAUAGGACUAUUUUUCAAAUAUAUAUUAAAGUCACACGGACACAUGUGCACUACUGUUGUCAUAAAUUCAGCCUGUCAGUGGCUCUACAGCAUAGUCUCUUGAUUUUUACAAGAAUUUUGACAGCUGAACUACCUAUCACCUCAGUGCAUUAAAUGUUCUCUGUAAGACUUAUGUUUCAAAUAAUUUAGGGUGGGUUUACUACUUAAUGCACUAUUAACACAUCAGUUAAAAUUUAAAAAAAUGUAAUUCUAUUUUUGCAAUGUCUAUAGUCAGUUCUUCAGUUAACUAAAUUUAUAGCAUUAGCAGGUGUUUUUAAGAGACCACAGCAAUGUUACUUUUGGUUGUUAUAUAGAAUGUUAAGCUGUUAGGGUGUGGCUAUAGUCAAACAGCUUUAAGCCCUUGAAGUGCAUCUUUUAAAACUGCUGCCACAUGAAUACUGGGAAACAAUGUUUUGUGUGAAUCUAUCACGUCAUAAAAGAAGUUUAUCAAUAAAAAAAUAUAACUUCUAUAA